AUGUGGCACGACUGUGAAACGUCAAGCUACACGCAGGGAUGCCAGCAGCACCGUGUCUGCAUCUGCUACACCGUCCCCCAAUCGGCCAAGGGCAGCAGCCUUCACGUGCUGGAAUCCGGCUCCGACUUCAAGUCCCGGGGGCUGUCGGAUGAGAGCCGCCUCAUUUUGGGGCCAGGUGUCACCCUGGUGACCUGUGAUGUCACUCUGAUCGACGACAGCGAAUAUGAAGAGGAAGAGGAGUUUGAGGUGGUGCUGGCCGACACCUCGAACAGCGCCCGCAUCGGCAGCCGGGCUUCAGCCAACGCGGUCAUCGCCGGUCCCAACGACGCCUCCACGCUGUUCCUGGGGAAUGCCACCUUUACUGUCAGCGAGGCUGCAGGACACAUUGAGAUCCCAGUGCUCCGGCAGGGACCCGACCUCUCCACGCCCACGUCGGUGUGGUGUGCCACUCGGACGUCAGACCCGCCCUCGGCCAGCCCGGGAGUUGAUUAUGUCCCCAGCUCCAGAAAAAUAGAGUUCAGGCCAGGCAAGACAGAAGAGUUCUGCCCCCUGACAAUCCUGGACGAUGCUCAGUACCCAGUGAUAGAAGGGCUGGAGACAUUUGUUGUUUACCUCAGCUCCCCCUACGGAGCCGAGCUGGCAAAGCCGUUCCAGGCUGUCGUGGCCAUUAACGACAUUUUCCAAGACGUGCCCAGCAUGCAGUUCACCAAGGACACCUACACGGCCAAGGAGAAGGAAGGGACCCUGCACAUCCCCAUCUUCCGCACGGGGGACCUGAGCUACGAGUCCUCCGUCAGGUGCUACACGCGGAGCCAGACGGCGCAGGUCACGGAGGACUUCGCGGAGAGGAGGGAUGCAGAGGAGUCUCGCGUCACCUUCUUCAAAGGGGAGAAGGUGAAGAACUGCAGCGUCCACAUCAGUGAUGACUCUGCCUUCGAACCAGAAGAGCAGUUCCAGGUCUAUCUGAGUAGCCCCCUUGGAAACCAUUGGAGCGGAGCUCGGGUUGGGAAGAUGGACGUGGCAACCGUAACUGUCACCAAUGAGGAAGAUGCCCCCAGCAUCGAGUUCGAAGAGGCCGCGUACCAGGUGCCGGGAGCCGCCGGGCCCGGAGGGAGUGGCUGUGCUGAACAUCCCGGUGAUCCGCAGAGGUGACCAGAACAGAACGUCCAAGGUGCGCUGCAGCGCCCGCGACGGCUCGGCACAGGCCGGCGUGGAUUACUACCCCAAGAGUUGGAUGCUCAAGUUCAGCCCAGGAAGGCUGAUCAGAGCAGAGGAGGAAGCGCUGGCACUUGGCAGAGUCAAGUCCUCCUGAAGGAACAUAGGCCUGUGAACACCUCAGACCACGUUGCUGGACCAAGAAGCCCU